AUGGAACCAAGAUAUAGCUUCAUCCGAAUACUUCGCGAUUACUUGGAAAGAAUUUUUGAAGACAACCAAGGCAUGAAGUCUUUAGUUCUUGAUCAUGAAACGACUUCAAUUAUAUCACUCAUUAUCACCCAAUCAGAAAUUUUACAAAAAAAUGUAUUCCUAGUAGAGCCGAUUGAAAAAUCUAUUUUAGUAUCAGAUGCUGAUGAACGCUUAGGCCACCUUUCUGCGAUCUAUAUUAUAAGACCUACUGAAGAUAACUUUUCAAAGCUUUCUCAAGCCAUUUCAAAUCCGAAAUAUGGGAAUUACCAUCUCUACUUCACAAAUGCAGUCCCGCCAGCCUUCCUCAGCCGCCUUGCUUCUGCAGAUCGUCAAGAAAUUGUCAGACAAGUGUUUGAAAUUUUUUCUGAUUUUUACCCAAUUAACCAUGAUUUGUUUACUCUUAAUCUCCCCAGCACAAUUGGGUUAACAAAAUCCUAUCAAAGAUGGCAGCCUCAAGAUGUUGCACUUAUGGAUCGUAUGGUCCUUGGCCUAUUCUCUGCACUUCUUGCAAUUAAAAAGCUUCCAGUCAUCCGAUAUCAACGCAAUUCUGAGCUCUGCUAUUCGCUUGCCGAUAGGAUCCAUUCUAAGCUUAGAGAAGAUCCAGACUUAAUGAGUUUAUAUACAGGUAGAUCCUCAAAUGGCCACAAAACAACUAUUGAUAAUGUCGACCAAUCAACUGUUUUAUUAAUUUUAGACAGAAGAGAAGACCCAGUCACCCCACUUUUGCAUCAAUGGACAUAUCAAGCUAUGCUUCAUGACCUCUUAAACUUAGAUAUGAAUAAAGUCAGCUUAAAGCAGGUAAGCAAUGAUUUAAAACAAAUCGCGUUAUCCAGCAUUCAAGACCCAUUUUAUUCAGAGAAUAUGUUUUCAAAUUUUGGUGACUUGGCACUCAGCAUCAAAAGCUAUGUAGAUCAAUAUGAGCAAGCGAGACAGACAACGGGAAAAGUAGAAAGUAUUGAAGACAUGAAGAGAUUUAUUGAAAUUUAUCCAGAGUUUAAUAGGAUGGCAGGAAAUGUAAGCAAGCAUGUCACUUUGACUUCAGAGCUCGAUCAUGCGAUAAAAGCAAGGCUGCUGCUAGAUAUCAGCGAAAUUGAACAAGAUAUAGCAUGCAAUGAAAAUAGAGGGGAUCAAUUUAGGCAAAUUUGUGAAAUGCUGAGGGAUUCAAGAUUCAAUAAUUUUGAUAAGGUAAAGCUGGCACUUCUAUAUGCUCUUAGGUAUGAGAAAGAUGACAAAAUUAAUCAAAUUAAGGAUAUGCUCAGGCAAAAUGGAAUUAAGGAAGAGCAGGUUGAACUGAUUGACGCAAUUAUACAGUAUGCAGGGUCAGAAGUAAGGCAAUGCGACCUUUUUCAUAAUAAAAAUUUGUUUGCGAGAGCAAGAUCGAAGGUAACGACUGUCCUUAAAAAUGUUCCAAAUGUCUAUACUCAGCAUCAGCCAUACUUAAUCAAUACUAUUGAGCACUUAAUUAAAGGUAAACUUAAAGAAUCAGAAUUUACUCCUACGGCUCCUUUUAAAUCCUAACUCUCCCCCUUCGUGAGCGAACAAGAAAAAGUUUAUAGCAAUUUGUUUUUUUCGAAAUUUAAAAAAUCCUAAUUUGCAAAAAUUGGAAACUAAAUAUUUAUUUAAUUUUUUUUAAAAUAAAAUUUGUUUAAAAUUAAACAGAAUUAGCUAGAGAUUCAUUUAUACUAAUAAUCACUUAUAUAUCAAAAUUUUUUAUUAAAAAAUUUUUAUAGGAUUUUUCCUAAAGAAAGGAUAUCCACAAUCAUUAUAUUUAUGGUGGGCGGAACUACUUAUGAAGAAGCCAAAGAGAUAGCAUUAAUGAAUCAAAGAGGAAUGGAGCCUACAAUAUUGCUAGGUGGAUCUUACAUACAUAAUUCUGUCAGCUUUUUGGCAGAAAUAACGCAGCUUAUAAUGAGAAACGAAAUUUAG